AUGUCGAGCUUAGAGAAUUCAUUGGAUGCUAAUUGGAGGUCUCACAGUAUUGUGGCAGAUAAAAUCGAGGACCAUAGUAACGGAGAUGUAGCGAUUGAUUCUUAUCACCGGUAUAAGGAAGAUGUGAGUAUAAUGAAGGACAUGGGUAUGGAUGCUUAUAGAUUUUCCAUUUCAUGGUCAAGGCUUUUACCUGAUGGAAAGCUAAGUGGGAGGGUAAACAGGGAAGGCAUUCAAUAUUAUAACAACCUCAUCAACGAGCUUCUAUCCAAGGGUAUCCAACCCUUUGUGACUUUAUUUCAUUGGGAUGUCCCCCAAGCGUUGGAAGACAACUAUGGUGGUUUUUUGAGUCCAACUAUCAUUGGUGAUUUCCAAGGCUUUGCUGAGGUUUGUUUCAGAGAAUUUGGCGAUCGGGUGAAGCAUUGGAUAACUUUAAAUGAGCCAUUGAGCUUUGCUGCUCUAGGUUACAGCCAAGGAACCUACGCACCAGGCCGAUGUUCCAAAUGGUUGGGAAAUUGUUCUUCCGGAAAUUCUGAGACUGAGCCUUACAUGGUAGGGCACCACCUACUUCUUUCUCAUGCAGCCGCAGUGAAAAUAUUCAAGGACAAGUAUCAGGCAUCUCAAAAGGGAAAGAUAGGAAUAACAUUAAACUCACACUGGUUAAUACCUUACAGCAACAACCAUUCUGAUGUUGCUGCAGCUCAGAGAGCACUUGAUUUCACGUAUGGAUGGUUUUUGAGCCCUUUAACUUAUGGUUACUAUCCCAAGAGCAUGAGUUCCAGAGUGAAAAAUGGCUUGCCAAAAUUCUCCAUGAAUCAAAUGAAAAUGAUUAAAGGAUCAUUUGACUUCCUCGGACUUAAUUACUAUACAGCUUAUUAUGUGGCUAACAAUGACCAUUGCAAAGAUGUUAAUCCAGCUUAUACUAUUGAUUCUUGCGCUAAGCUCCUACGUAAGUUCAAAUAUGAUCCUCACAUUGUUUAUAUUAUAAAGGAGAGAGAUGGGAUCCCCAUUGGUCCAACUACUGGUUCAUCUUGGCUUCGUGUAUAUCCGCGAGGAAUAUGGGAGUUGUUGAAGUAUACUAAGAAAGAAUACAACAAUCCAGAGAUUUACAUUACUGAGAAUGGAAUAUCGGAGUUCAAUAACAGCACACUCACAUUGGAAGAAGCUCUAGCUGAUAAAUGGAGAAUAGAUUACUACAACAGGCAUCUUCAGUUUGUCUACAAAGCAAUCAAUGAUGGUGUAAAUGUGACAGGAUUCUUUGCAUGGUCAUUGUUUGAUAACUUUGAGUGGAAUUCUGGAUAUACAGUUCGGUUCGGCAUUAACUUCAUAGAUUACAAAGAUAAGCAGAAGAGAUACCCGAAGCAUUCAGCCAUUUGGUUCAAGAAUUUCCUCCAAAAUACACCAUAG